CCCUGGAAAUGGAGACAUACACGGAGACAAGGCUGCCCCCUAGUGCUGAGUGUUGGGGGCGGGCCGUUUAAACGUCUGUUCUCCGAAGCAGGAAGCAACAAGGUGUUGUUACCUUAUGAAAGGCUAGGGGAAGAGAAGAAUACACAUCAGCUGAGGAAUUCACCAAGGGGUCGCAUUAUUGGAGGGUCGGACAUGACUGGUUUAUUCAUCUGGGGGCACUGAUAAGUGAAAGAUAUGGCAUUUAUUACAUUGCAAUUAGGCCAGUGUGGAAACCAAAUUGGUUAUGAAUUGUUUGACGUCAUCUGCAAUGAUUUCUGUAGCAAUGGACUGUGCUCCAAGAAAGAAAAUGACUAUUACCAGACAGUUUCAAAGGAUAGAUUCUUUGAAGAAACUGAAUCUGGAGAACUUGUAAGUCGAGCAGUGCUUCUUGACAUGGAGCCCAAAGUCAUUACUCAGACUUUAGCGUUGGCAGCCCGGUCUGGUAAAUGGGCAUAUGAUGACAAAUCACAGUUUUCCCAGAAACAAGGAUCUGGGAAUAACUGGGCUCACGGCUACUGUGUACAUGGCCCUAAAUAUCAAGAUAUUGUUAUGGACUUGGUUAGAAAGCAAGUGGAAAAAUGUGAUCGAUUGGGUGGCUUCUUCAACAUAAUGAGUAUGGCUGGUGGUACUGGGUCAGGCAUGGGAACGUUCAUCACAAAAUGUUUACGGGAUAUCUACCCUAAUUCACUUCUACUCAAUGAAGUUAUUUGGCCUUAUGGUACCGGAGAGGUGAUUGUUCAAAAUUACAACUCCAUCUUGACCCUUUCACACCUUUAUCAGAACUCUGAUGCUCUGCUAGUUCAUGAAAAUGACGUUGUUCACAAAAUCUGCUCCCAGCUGAUGAAUAUUAAACACAUCACCUUUAAGGAUGUUAAUAAAGUAAUUGCACACCAACUUGGCAGUGUGUUUCAGCCUGCAUAUACAUCAGAGAGUUCAUAUUACAGCAAGAAUCAUCUUGGGGAAUUAAUGGAGUGCUUGGUUCCACACCCUGAAUUUAAGAUGCUAGGUCUGCGUAACAUUCCUCAGAUGUCUGAACACUCCCUGGCAUACAGCACAUUUACUUGGCAUGGACUCAUCAAGCAUUUGAGACAAAUGCUCAUUGCUAAUGCAAAAAUGGAAGAAGGUAUAAACUGGCAAAUCCAGCCACCAUCACACCCAAAAACAGAGAAGAUUUCCUUGAAAACCUGUAUGCAGUUUAAUAAAUCAUUGGCUAACCUUGCUAUAUUUCGGGGGAAGGAUAUUGAGUCUGCAUCUCCUGAUGGCUUUCAAGAUUCAGCAUUGUAUACGUCCUGGUUAUCACCAGCCGAUGCAUUCACAAUUUGGAAAUCGCCAAGAGCUUUCAACAAAUAUGAGAAGUCAGCUACUCUAGUGAGCAAUAGUCAGUGCCUGCUAAAGCCUUUGGAUACUAUUGUAGAAAAGGCCUGGAAUAUGUUUGCAUCAAAAGCAUAUGUUCAUCAAUACACAAAAUAUGGCAUUGAUGAAGAAGAUUUCCUGCAGUGUUUUACAACGCUUGAACAAGUUAUUUCCAGCUAUUCUAAUUUAUAAAUGUUGUUUAUGAAAAUGUAUUCUAAAAGAAAACCUGCUAAAUUCCAAAACUAUCUCUUGCCACAUUUCACAAAAUAUUUGAACAUGUAAAUAUCUUAUUUAUUGUUUAAAAAUAUAUAUAUAUUUUUUUAACUUUCA